GUGACAGAGGUAGGUUACAAAAAGGUGCGGGUUAUUUGUGCGACAGAUCGAGGGAACAGGUCUUUGAGGAAGAUGUGAAAGACGAAACUUUAUCAGGAAAGUAUGAGAGAGAAGAGAGGCGAAAGUAUGGUGAAAGAUCUCUUUGGGUUGUAUGAUGGAAGGAUUGGAAAAGGAGAGAUCCAUACGCAGCUUUAGACCCUUCGCAUGGCCCAGUCACCCCAAAACGGAGGCCCCAACCCUGCUAUGGAAGCUCAAAGACUGCUUCUCCACCAAUGAGACAACCGCCCCUCCUCACACAGAUACCGAAAACAGUUACAUGGAGAGCAGAAAGGCUGUACUGGAACUGAAAGAUGUCCCUCCUCCUCCUCCUCCACCACACCAUACUUCCAUCUCCCAGUCAUCCCAGCCAUCCCAGCCCUUCUCUCUGGCACCUCUCCCUUUGCCUCCUGCAUGCUUGCCUCCUCCUCAGCUUACACAAGAUUCCCACCAACAAAAGCCACCACCAAAACAUCAGCAAGAGGGGCCUAGCCCCAAAGUAAGCAAUUGCACUCACUGUGAUUAUUGCAGCACAGAUGUUUAUGGGCUUUUAGGUGGUGGAGGUGUUGCUGGUAGCAGUAGCAGCAUUGCUGGUGUUGUAUCACUUUAUACAUCACCAGGCUCUUUGGGAGCACCUGUUAGUACCUGCACUAUUAGCAGGUGUGGGCCUUGUUCUUUAGCCUCCUCAUCUGCUCAUAGGUAUAAACCGAACCUGAGCCAUAGAAGUGGAGGUGACGCUCCCAAUCCUUUACUCAGUCUUGGUUACAAACCUCAGCUGCCCUCUUCUGUCGCUACCUCUCAACCUUUGUCAUCACACCCCUACCUCCCCUGCUGCUCAGGGCUUCUCCAUACCCACCCAUCUGUACAGCAUCCAUACAGUCAGUCCAGCCUGUUUCCCUCUUCAGCCCCUCCAGCUUUUUCUCUCCCCUGUUUUUCCUCUCAACCUGCUCCCUUGAAUGACUCUUGCCUGGCCUCUUCUGGCUACUAUACCUGUGGUGUGGACUGUAGCACAGCAGCCAGGAGAUCCCAGAGAAGCACAUUUGGUGAUCACCCAACCACCACCACCAUCACUACUACAACCACCUCAGCACAAUUCUGCUCUAAUCCUGUGCACCUAAAUGUAGAACGCACAGUUUUUGUGAAGGGUGCACACUACUGCAAGGAGUGCUUGUUGAAGCCUGUGAAUGGUCUGACAUCAGAGUCAGACAAUGUAUGGCCCAGUGUUCCUCUUCCCCAGACUACUCCUCUGCCUAUACCUAUUUGUAAUGGUUGUGGCACAUCCUCUGAUGGCAUGGUGCUCAUGCCAAUGACCAACCUUGGCAACACUGGCCAGAAGUAUGGCUCUCCAGAGAAUAGUGGUCCUGAAAACAUCCCUCCAGUGGGUGUCUUCUGGGACAUUGAGAACUGCAGUGUUCCUAGUGGACGCUCUGCUGGAGCAGUGGUCCAGCGGAUUCGUAGCCGUUUCUUCCAGGGUCAUCGUGAAGCAGAAUUCAUUUGUGUCUGUGAUAUCAGCAAAGAGAGUAAAGCAGUCAUCCAAGAGCUCAACAACUGCCAGGUCACUGUUGCACAUAUCAAUGCCACAGCCAAGAAUGCUGCAGAUGACAAGCUUCGUCAGAGCCUACGGCGCUUUGCUGAGACCCACACUGCACCUGCAACUGUCGUACUGGUAUCCUCGGAUGUGAACUUUGCAAGUGAGCUGAGUGACCUGCGUCAUCGACAUGGUUUCCAGGUAAUCCUGGUCCAUGGCAACCAUACAUCUCCGGCCCUGCUACAGCAUGCCCAUCGUCAUGUGGCCUUUCAGGAUAUCACAGCUGAUUUGCCACCACGAAUGCUUGUUAAAUCACAGCCCAGUUUCAACCUCUAUGUGCACAACCUCCCUGUCAACUGUGACAAGAGCCUGCGGAACUCUGUGAAGCUCAGGCUCCGUCGCCUGUCAGACAACUGUGGUGGCAAGGUGCUAAGCAUAUCCCAUGGCACCGCAGUCCUUCGUUUUGGCAGCCGAGAGGCAGCUGUGCGUGCCCGAAAGCGAAUGGAAAAUGAGGACGUGUUUGGCCACAGAAUCAGCCUCUCCUUCUCCCCUUGGCCCAGAGACGAUGCAAGUCCUGAGCCUGAGCAUCAGUCUCAGUCCCAUAACUUGCUUCAGGCUCUGCCCCAGCCCUUUCAAACUCAGGAUUCAGUGUUCGCCCCUCCCCCUUCUAUAUCCUCCUUCUCUUUUCUGCCCCUGGAGAAGACCAGGUCACCCAGGAGGCCACGGCGAGCAACACGCCCAUGCCACACCCCUGGCCCACUGCCUGAAAGGCCCUACAGCCCCAGGAGGGGGUGUAGUGGGCCCCCCGGUGGUCCCCCAGCCAAGCCCCAUCAGGAGCUGUGUAGUUUAGAUGGCAAGCCCAGAAUCGACUUCCACCACUUGGAUAAAGGGCGUGCCGCUUCUUCACCCCCCCACAGUAACUGUGAGACAGGAACCUCGGAGCAACUGUCCAAGCCUGUCCUUGCUGGAGAGUCCAUGUACAAGAGGAGAAGAGAGGGCUCCAAUCCUCGCAGUGUGACUGAAUCUCCUGUAGAACAAGGAGACAGGAGUUCAGGGGAGUUCCAGAUUAGCACACCCUCAGCCUUCAGCAAGUUGAACCUGCACAGGAGCUUCAGUCCUCUUGUCCUGUCCCAGGGCUCUUGGUCCUCCAGGAGUGCGUCCCCGUGCUUGUCCAGCCGCUCCUCACCUUUGCUUGCUGCCCCUCGCAGCCCUUGUCCUGAAGGUCCUUUUGAUCUUUUCUCAGAGAGGGCAGAGGUCCAGGUAGCCAACCUGGACUACAGAAUGUCCCGCAAGGAUCUGCAGAAGACACUGCAUGACACUUUCUCACGAUACGGGCGGGUGCAAGCUGUUGAACUUAGUCCCCACACUGACUAUCAGCUGAAGGCCAUAGUUCAAAUGUUGUCCCUGCAGCAGGCCAUCAGAGCCAUCAGUGGCCUGCACCGUUACAAGAUCGGAGGCAAGCGCAUUCGGGUGUCUCUAAUCACCAGUGGCAGCAGCAAAUCUCUUGCCAUGCUCAGCACUGAGAUCAUCAGCAUUCUUCAGGAUGCACCGGCCAAUUGUCUGCCCCUUUUCAAGUUCACUGAAAUCUAUGAGAAAAAAUAUUCCCAUAAAUUUGUGGUGGGGGAUCUGUACAGGCUACCAGAGGUGGUAGCAGUGCGGGAACAGGGAGGCUCAAGGCUUGUGUGUCUUCUGUCCAGCAGCCAAAUCCGUCAGAGUCCACUGGGAUCUUCCCAGUCCCAGGAAGGCUCCUCCUCAGCGAGUGGCAGCCCCGUGGUGUUUGAGGAGCUGGAGUACCAUGAACCUGUCUGCAGACAGCACUACACACAACAAAACUUUAGUGAGGCCGACUUUGACCCCGACUCCUAUAAAAUCCCAUUUGUUGUGAUGUCUCUGAGCACCUUAGCUUCUGAGGUCCACAGUCUGUUGCAGUCACACGAGGGCACCCUUCCACUGCUCAGUUUUCCAGAUUGCUAUGCAGCGAAAUUCAGUCCUCUACAGCUAGGCAAUGAAACAUUAGAGGGGGGUGUUCCGUUGGAGCACCUUAUUACCUGUGUUCCCAGUAUCACAAUCGUCACUGCACAGAAUGGGUUCAAAGUCAUCAAGUGGAUCCACAACAAACCACCAGCACCAAACUCUGAGCCAUGGAUUCAGCGUUGCAAGAGUCCGGUUGGCAACCCACAGCUCAUCCAGUUCAGCCGAGAGAUUAUUGAUCUAUUGAAGAGUCAGCCAUCCUGCAUCAUGCCCAUCAGCAAGUUCAUACCAUCAUACCACCAUCACUUUGCCAAGCAGUGCCGUGUCUCUGACUAUGGCUACUCCAAGCUGCUGGAGCUUCUGGAGGCUGUGCCACAUGUUCUGCAGAUCUUGGGUAUGGGCACCAAACGUCUCCUGACCCUGACCCAUCGUGCUCAAGUGAAGCGCUUCACCCAAGACCUGCUUAAAUUGCUUAAAUUUCAAGCUAGCAAACAAGUGGCAAUCAGGGACUUCAUGCAGGCAUACCACUGGUGCUUCUCCAGAGACUGGAGGGUCAUCGACUAUGGCGUAUGUGACCUAAUGGACCUACUGGCUGAAAUCCCCGACACCACCAUCACCAUCAUGCAUCAGGAUACAGACACAGUCAUCUGUGUCCCAAAGAGAGAGCGUACAGCGGAGGAAAUUGAGCGCACAAAGCAGUUCGGGAAGGAGGUGGUGGACCUACUUCGUCACCAGCCUCAUUGUCGGAUGUCCUUCAGUAAGUUCAUCCCCACCUACCACCACCACUUUGGCCGUCAGUGUAAGCUCAGCUACUACGGCUUCACCAAGCUCAUGGAGCUCUUUGAGGCAAUCCCUGACGUACUGAUGGUAUUGGAGUGUGGUGAGGAGAAGCUGCUGACUCUGACAGAAGUGGAGCGCAUCAAAGCCUUGGCAGCUCAGCUGGUCAAGCUGCUUCGGGCACAGAAAAACUCCAGCCUUCCCGUCAGCCAGCUGCUCACAGAAUACAGCAAGACCUUUGGGUAUGGGCUACGCCUGCAGGACUACGAUGCCAGUUCCCUCCCAGCUCUGCUGACCAAACUCCGCCAUGUUGUCAAGGUAGUAGAUGGCUCGGAGGGUCGGGAAGUGCAGUUAAUCAACAGGAAGUCUCUGCGCUCGCUGACCUCCCAGCUACUGGCUCUACUCAUGUCUCAAGAGGAGGAGCAUGUCAUCAAGGGUCUGAAGGUGGAAGAGCUGAGUCAGCAUUACCAGAGUGUCCACGGAGCCUCGCUUAACCCAUGUGAAUAUGGGUUCCUCUCCCUCAGUGAGUUACUCAAGAGUCUACCCUACCUUGUGGAGCUGUACCACGAGGAAAUCAAUGAAAACAGUAAUACUGGCAGCACCGCCAGUGGUCAGGGUGAGGGGUGGGUGAGGCUGACCAGGCUUUACCAAUUUGCCCGUAAUGUUCGUGCCCUGCUCCACACCUACCAUUACAACCAGAUCUUCCUCACUGAGUUCCCAGGGGCUUACAACAAAUUUACAGGCUACAGCCUUGAACCACGUUCCUACGGAUAUGCCAGCACUGAUGAGCUGCUCAGCGCCAUUCCUCAGGUGGUCUGGAUCAAAGGGCAUGGUCACAAAAGGAUUAUCGUUUUGAAAAACGAUAUGAAAGCAAAGGCAAGCCUCUCGAUCCCCAACAGUCCCCAGCCAGAAGAGAACACGGAGAGUCCCAGAGACAGUCCAGUGAGCAACGCAACGUCUGUAGCCCGGAGUCCAAGUAACACAGGUGAUGAUGUAGCUACAGAGUCAGAGCUUCUGUGUCUAACAUCCCCAGUGGACCUCCUUUGUGGUCCUGUGCCAUCCUGCCUGCCAUCACCUCAGCUCCAUCCUGACCCAGUUAUCCUCCAGCAGAUGGACCUGAUUCACUUUGAGGAAAAAGCGCCACCACCUGCAGAGAGCGAUGAACCUGAUGUGGCAGCUGCUGCAGUCACUGGCAGCAUAUUCACUCCAACUGAGCAGCCUGGCAGCACAGACAACUCUGCAGGCACAAAACAUCCUCAGGCACCUGACAUGAAGAAGAUCCCCUCAUCUGUGGACAGUCCCAGCAGAAGAGGCACACGUAGCAAAAUUAGGCUAGCCGCCAAUUUCUCAGGCCUUUGAGUCCCACACAUGUACGCAUCCAGGUUCAUACGUACAAAGCAGUUUGCAGUUCACAUUUAGUGUAAAUCUGAAUAGAAGAGUUAACCAGCUACACUAAACGGACUAUGCAAAUCUGAUUGGUUUCGUCCCCUCUAAGCUUAUUAGGCUGUUGGAUUCUUCUGUCACCAAUCAGCCAUCUUUGUUUGCUUAUUUCACAAUCGGUGUGCUCUCCUGAUAACAUUCACCAAGCUGAGACUUUUCUUUUUUUGUCUUGCAGAUUUUCUGCAGGUCUUUCAUUUCCCAAAUUCAUCUGCUAUAAGCUGAGUUUGAUUUCAACCUGAGGGGAGUUAAUUUUUAUUUUCAUGAAUGUGCAUCUUCAGUUUAGAGAUGCUCACUGGCUUAACAGAAAACAAGUGAAACUGAGUUAGUUGUUACUGUUUAAUAGCGUAUUAAUAAGCACUGAGAGAAUUGCUAGGAAUGAGUAAGUUUUCUAUAUCAAACCAAGAAAUGUAUUUACCCACAUUCUCAGUUUAACAAAAUUGACAAAAAAACGGAAGGUUGGUAGAGAUGUUUUGUUCAUGAGCCAUACUGAGAAACCUUCAUAAUUAGUUCUUGACUGGAUUCCCAAAAACAGAACAUUUCAUUUUUGAACUAAUUUCAAAUUUUGGAGCUUCUACUUUUGUAGGUAAACCCAGACAUGCCAGCCAAAUUAGUUGCCAAGUGCCUGUCUGUUUAAUUCUUUCAGUCUUUUCUGUAGAGGCAGCUUCUCUUUGAGCUACAUUUCAUCUAGUCUCUGUUGCAAAGUAGCCUAAAAACAGUGUUUUCAGUUCUGCUUGUAUUAUGCAGAGUAGUGAGUAGUCUGCUGAAGAGUUGCUCCUGAAUCUGGUGUGUUUGGUGAUAAUUCAGUGAUGGGACUGGAGAGAACCCGCUUUGUUCAGGUAGUGUCUUCUUUAAUGGAAGCUAUGUCUCUGAACAAGUAAGGUUUGGAUAGGAAGGUUGUGAUUGAUGUCCCAACAAGCAUUGCUCUCUGGAUUUUCUUUCUUGUAUUUUGACUUAAUUUCUAGCAGAAGGAUUGUUUCAUCUUUAAGAGGCCACUGAUGAAGGCCUGAAAGGGAAAAAGGCGACUCCUGCCUGGUGUGUGUGUUUAGGCAGCAAAAACUGACAGACUUAGACCGUUUGUUUUCAGCCAGCAGCCAGUGUGUUUGUGUUCUUUUAGCUGUGUUUGUCUGUGUGUGUGUGUGGUUUACGCUGGAGUAGGUGGUGUGAAAUGUGCAUGAUGUGCAUAAAUGAGUUUAUGCAUGAUGUAAGCCCAGGAGGAGCAGACAGGAACAGAUGAUGCUGAGAUGUUUAAGGCCAGUCUUUUUAUUUCCACCAUGUUUUAAGUAUCUUAGAGUUGACACCAACCUUGCAGUUGUCACAGUUGCUACAGAAAUGCUCAAGGUUUUUUUGAGUCAACCUUGCUGCUGGUAGGCACUGUAUAAGUGGUGGUGCCCUCACUGUCUGAGUCGAUGUGUUGGAGGGGAGCAGUGAGCACUCCUGAGUUUUUGAUUUUUAAUGAGAAGGCGAAUGGUUGUGAGUUUUUAGGGAACAGAGAUGGAACGGGAGGAGGCGGGCCAUUUGCGGAGCAGCACAGGGGCUCUGAGGAGCCUCCUGAACACACCGACAUACACACAGAGGACCCUCUGCGGCUCUCUGGGAUCUGCCGGGCUUUUUACAAUGGUUUGUAUCUGCCUCGGCACUAAAAGAAAUGGCCAUGGCUCCUCCCCAUCCCAAAGGAGUUUUUACUUGCUGAUAGGUAUUGGUUUUCUCUUUUUUCCUCAGUCUCAGGUUUUACAAGACUGAAGGCUGCUGAAUUGCCACCAGAUAAUGUUGGCUGCCAGUUAAGUUUAGCCUUGUCCAGGUGCCACUGAAGUCAAAGGGUCACUGUUGCUGCUGAGAAAAGGUUGAAAGAAUGGAUAAGAGCCCAUUAAUUCAGUUUCUUUGCAGCUUCAGUGUUUAGCAAUAUUUAUACCAUGAGAUUUCUCUGAUUUAUUUUGACUUGGUGUGAAAAGCCUUUAAUACUGAAAAAAAUCCACCUGCCAACUCCCUGAAAUGUCUGAGAUGCCAGUCAGAGGGUUUUUAAAUAGGCCGGCUGUGGCUCGUGUGUCUUCUGCUGUGUUUUACUGACAGUCUGGAAACCAGUUUGGUGAAGGAAUGACCAGUCCAGAGUAAUUAAUAAUUUAGAAUAGCUGAUUAUAGAAAAUGACUUGAAAUGCUCACAAGUAAUGUAUAGAUUUAUGUAUGAAGGCACUACUUUGUGUAUUUGAGCAAACCCUAGUGCUCCUCACAGUACUGCAGUAGCAACUAACUCAGAUGUAACUUGCCUAUUUAGCCUUCUCACUGCUUUUGGGUUACACCAGUGAGAAGCAGUUGUACCUGCCAUAAUAUGCACUUCUGCAUAGUUUUGGUUCAUGAAAUACCAAUGUGAAAUGAUUUAGUGUUUACUGGGCUUCUUGGUUUAUUUCUUAACACUGGCACUUUGUAUUGCUUCAGUUUUUAUGUUGCAUGACAUUUAUAUAGUCUUGCAAUCGACCAUUAACAAAUAAUUUCAAGGAACAUUUAGUCAGCACUGCAGUGUCUAUAAAACUCUCCUGUAAUUACUUUUGUUUAUCUGCUCAACGCUGAUGUGUCCUCUUUAUACUCACCUCCUCGCUCUGUCACAUCCUUUUACUGCCUCACCUCACAGGAAGUUGCUGUAAGAGUCCAACAUUUGUUGAAGGGACCAAAAAGAUUUCUGUUAAUAAAUUUCACAAGCAUCAUUUUGUGUUUCAUCUCA